ACCUCUGUGUAGAGAAAAAGAGAGUGGAAGAGGGAGGGUGCAACUGGGGCAUUGAGAGUGCAUAUUUCAGGACUAAACUCAACUCUAAAUCUAUUCAUCCACAUAUAAAAGGUGUUUUCAAGUUUGAUACUACUAUAAACUAUACUCUAAUGGAGUCCACUAACUGAAACAUCAGAAGCCUACAGUGUUUUGCAAUUGCCAGUUGCAGCAUUGUCUGAAAACUGAAUUUUCUAUGAUUGUAAGGAGCAUGGUUCUCAGGUGGCAUGGAAUGGCCAGUUAACUGGAGCUGCUGACAGACACACUACACUGCUACCAAACUUCACAGGCCAGAUCAACUGGUUGAACCUCUUCACUCUACUGUAGAUAAAGCAUGCACCAUGGCUAAAGGAGGGAAGAAAGGAGGAGGUGCUAAGGGGAAGAAGGUGACUCUGAAGAUGGCCAAGAACGCUGUGCGUGUGACCACUGAUGGCCACCGCAGACUGGACCUCAGUAAUAUGGGGAUCGCAACCUUCCCCAAGUGUCUCCUCAAACUACCAGACCUCAACGAGCUGGACCUCAGCCGCAACCAACUCAAGAAGCUACCAGACUUCAUUGGUGACCUGGCCUCGCUCCGCUGGAUGGAUCUCCAUAGCAACCAGUUGGACGCCAUACCGGAGACAGUCAGCCAAUUGGUGGCGCUGUCACACCUCAACCUAUCCAACAAUCGCCUGACCUCCGCAGGUCUUCCCCCUUCGCUAGGCAACCUAGCCCACCUACGGAGCCUCAACCUGGGCAUGAACCGCCUGGACACCCUGCCUCCCACCAUGGUGGGGCUUUGUAGUCUCCAAGAGCUGGGCCUGUUUGAUAACCUGUUCCCCUCCCUGCCUGAGUUUAUCAAGGUGUUACCGAGCAUUAUCAGACUCAACACCAAGAGGAACCCUUUGUCCUACGCCCAGGGAGACUCGGGAGCGACGAGGGGUGAAGGGGGGCUGGAGGAGGGGGUGUACCUGGCUAAGGAGGGGAGUCUGUGUGGGUCCUGUUUGGAGAGUUGCAAGAAGGAGAGGAGGUGGAUGCUAGGAGGGAGGAGGGACAGAGAGGGUAAUGCGGAGGGCAGGGGUGUGCCGUACUCCGGGCUGAUUACGCCAAACUCAGUGGCCCAAGCCAAUCAGGAACAGUGGAGGUGAGGAGUGACGAAUAAUGGUCCAGGGAGAGGUUUGACACUCAAGGACAGCCAAUGAACAACUGGAUAUAGUUCUACAUAACCAAUGAGCAAUUGAGCUGAGUUCUAUGAUGUGAUGAUUGAUCCAAAUGGACAGUGCUCAAACCGACAAAAUGGACAACAUGUUGCCAUUGUAAUUUUCUAAUGAAUAUACUUUUCUAUUGAAGUCAGGUCAUAUCAAUGUACGUCACCUGGCACUGUGUCACUGUUUGUGAAGGUCGACAAUGAACAUUAGCUGAAUUUACAGUAUUUGUUAUUUUACCUGUGAAACAAUGAUUCCACAGGCCAUUAGGAAAGGUUGGCUUCAGUCUUCAUGUUGUAAAAUGUUGAAAUAAAGAAUGUGUUGAACA